AACAAAUCCCACACUCACUACACUCUCUCGUUUGGCGCCACAACUAAAACAGCCACAGUCUUUUAGUUAUUGGAGUUCAUAACCAGCAGGAUUGCAAUACCUUCCAAACAAAUGGGAACUAAGGAAAGCAGUGCACCUUCAACUCAGGUUGUGGCAUUCGAAAUGCAAAAGAAAGAAGAACUGAUUCUCGAUGAGUACACGGAGUCAUUGACAAUAUACGAGGGGGGCUCAGUAGGUACGGAUUUCGUAGGUAAAAGAGUUGCUGAAGGCAAAAAGACAACUUGUAUUUCUGGAAAUAAUUGUGAUGGUGCUUCUCAAAGAGGUGAGGACUCAUCAGACAAGAGCGGUGGAACUAGCCGAGAAGAUUAUGAACAGAGAAUGGAAAGAAGAAGACUGGCUAACAGGGAAGCUGCUAGGAGGUCAAGAAUACGCAGACAGGAGUUGGUACCGCGGCUGAAAGAUGUUUUAGCAAACAUUCCAAGCUCUGUUACUCUUCUUUUCUCAUGCGUUGAUUGUAAUCAAGAAUGUGAGAAACUACAAGCAACCGCAGAGAUUCUUGAGAGCGAGAUUGCCCAGAUCCCACGCGAUAUAUGGAGGCUUUCUGAGCAAAUUGAGAAACUCAGGGAAGAAAACGACAGCAUAUUUGAUGAGCUAGAGAAGAAGUAUGGUGCAGAUGCAGUUUCUGAUCUGAGAGCUGUGAAGGACUCUUUGGAAGGUAAAGGCAAAGACACUGACCCAAAGACGCCGAGCAGAGACAGCUGAAGUCCUGAUCCUCCAUCACUCAGUUCGGGCCUGUAAUCACUCUGCUGUUGUUUCAUGUAGUUGAAAGCUCCAGAAAAAUUCCUACUUGUGGAUAAAGAAGUAGCACCAGUGUUUUUAAGUUCCCGCCUGAGCGCUGGGUGGCUUGGCACCACUGUGAUUAGUCCUAGGCGUUUAAAAGAAUAAGAAAGGACGCCUAGACCUAAUUAGGCGAGAUGGGUAGUUUUGUAACUUUUUUGCUUUAUUUUUUUUUAUUUAACAAAAUGUCUUAGGACGCAACUUUC